AUGUACGUGAUUUUGUACCGGACGAAACGUAUCGUCCUGGACUUUUUUGUGUAUGCUGAGUCGUGCACGUACGAUUUGUUGUAUGCAGUGGCUCUUCUCUUCCUCCUCCUCUUCCUCCUCUUCUUCCUCCUCGGCUUAAUCUCAUGCCCACUCCCAUCAUCCCCGUAUCUGGAUAAUGUGCCGUAUCCCAUCUUUGAUUCUAGACCUGGUGUCUCUAAGAGAUUCGGAGAGUUGCUUGGGCGUGACGCCGCGCUUGUACCCUUGCACCAUGAUUUCCCUAUAUGGCUCGAGAUUUAG